AAAAUAGGCACAUAGACCAAUGAGAGCAGCAGUAGAAAGACCAAUAGCAGCAGCAGGUGGCAGCAGAGUCUCCACCUGGACAAGUCCAGCAGGCAAGGUGGCAGUCGUGAGUAUGACACCUGUGGGGGCAACUACAGUGGCAUCUUGCAUAGUUAUAGCUUCCCAGCACCACAAAUUACUGGGCGGGGCAAGUCACGCAGCAGCUCCCAGUGUGGAGGGGUGGAGAUGUGGAGUCGCUUUCCUCUGCGGCUGCCUCUUCAGCUUUUGUCCUAGCUGAGUGAGGAAGCGGUGGAGGAUGGCCUGUUUCAUGAGUUCAAAGGCUUCAGGGAUGUAAGGGUCAAAAUCCAUCACCUGUCGGGUUCCAGCAGCUGAGAUGAGCCGGUAGCCUUUGUGAACUUCCCACGGCCAGAGGACACGCAGGUGGCCAAGCGCAGAGGCGGCCUGGUGCUCUCUGACCUGCCUCUGAAGACAGAAGCUGUGUGUGGGAGCCGGCACCGCAGCUGCUCCCCUUUAGACAAAGAUAUUUAUCCUCCAACAGCCAGUGUGGUGGGAGCCUCUGUAGGUGGUCACCCGCACUCCCCUGGAGGUGGUGGAUGCCAGAGAUCACUUUCCCCUGGUGGUGCAGCUUUGGGAUACAGAGUAGGGCUAUAGCAGAUGGCUCUUGGCCACCUACCCCCUCCACCUCUGCCACCAUUGCCUGGACAGCUGGAAAGAAAAGGAGACUAUCUGUUCUAUUAGAGAGUGCACCCAGCAUACAGUCUUAAACCAAGGGAGGGAGCUGGAGCAGAUGCUGCUCCUUUCAGAAAAGUGGAUGAGAUGUCACCCGAGGAUCAUCACAGAACUAACCAGACGCUUUUCUUGGGCAACCUAGACAAAACUGUAACAGAGAGUGACCUAAGAAGGGCAUUUGAUCGCUUUGGAGUCAUCACAGAAGUAGAUAUCAAGAGCCCUUCUCUUGGCCAGACCAGUUAUUACGGCUUUCUCAAAUUCGAGAACCUAGAUAUGUCCCACAGGGCCAAAUUAGCAAUGUUCAGCAAAAUUAUAAUUUGGAAUCCUAUCAAAAUUGGUUAUGGUAAAGCGACACACACCACCCGCCUCUGUGUGGAUGGCCUGAAACCUUGGAUGCCUCUUGCUGCCCUGGCAUGAGAGUUUGACCAACUUGGCACCAUACAUCCCACAGACUAGAAAGGUGAUAGUUGGGUAUAUAUCCAGUAUGAAAGCCUGGAUGCAGUGCACGCUGCCUGGACCCAUAUGCGGGGCUUCCCACUUGGUGGCCCAGAUCACCACCUUAGAGUAGACUUUGCAGACACUAAACGUCGUUACCAGCAACAAUAUAUGCAGCCUCUGCCCUUGACUCAUUAUGAGCUGGUGACAGAUGCUUUUGGACAUCAGGCCCUUGACCCUUUGAGGGGUGCUUAGGAUAGGACACCAUCCUUACUAUUCAGAGAUUACUCUCAAGUGCCAAUGCAAGAUUUCUAUACCUCGGGGAAUCUCAACUCACACCUGAACAUAAUGCCUUACACCAAGGCCCCACUGUCCAGUUUACAGAGCAAUUUCAUGAACACUAUAUUCUUUAAAGAAUUGAAGAAUGUCCCAAAGGAAAAGAAAAACUUGAAACAUUAUAGUAUUGGAAUUCAGACACAGACCACCAGGUCUGAUGGCUGGGGUGGCCGUAAUGGAAGUCAGACCACAAAAAGGAGCAACCCGGCUUCUGAGCGAUUUCAGCUAAAUCAAUUUCAGCUAAAGCAUAAGUUGAUAGAUGUCACAAUCCAAGUUGUUUUAGAUUUCCACCCAGGAACUUCAGAGUUGGCGACAAGAAUCGUUUUUGCUUUCUUGGAUGGGUUCGUGGGCACUGAGCUGGAUAAUGAGGUGCUGCCUGCCUUGGAGGGAAGCAUCUUCCUGGUACUUAGGCUUUAUCACCCACAGCUCAGGGCACAGUUAAACUACAGGUGUAUGGAAACAUGUGAAUGUAAACAAACAAAGGAAGAUCCCGCUGCAGCCUUCCGUGUUGGAGGACUCCUGCUCUUGCUGCAGUGUCCUGUGUGA